AUGGCAGGUAACUUCACCCCAGACCAACAAUGUGAAGGAAAGGAGUGUCAAUCAAUGACAGAUGUGACGUACUACGUAGAGGAGAAGAAGAGACUCUGUGAUAACUGCGCCUCUAAAGAAGGAUGUAUCACAAGAGUUAAAAGAGGUGAAACAAAUAUUCAUUGUGAAGAACAUGAUGAAAAGGUAAAAUUAUAUUGUAAAAGUCAUGCUAAAGCAUUAUGUGCUUUUUGUGUAGUAGAUCAUUUAGACCCAUGUGUGCGACAAAAUAUGGAUGUCGCAAUUGGAGACCUUCAAGCAAAACUUACAAGUAUAAAAGAAAAAGGAAGGGACAAAUUAAAAGAAGGUCGUCUUUAUGAAGAUGAAAUUGAUCAAUGCACGAAGUACACAGACACCCAUCUACAAGCUUUGAAAGAUGAAGUUGAUUCCAUAAUCAAUGAGGCGAUCAAUACAGAUAAAGUCAAAGAGAAGAUGGAGGCUGACAAAAUCAACCAAGCUUUUGAUGAUCAGAAUCAAGUACUUGAAGAAGAGAUUAUUAAGAUUAAUGAAAAGAUUCGAAAGAACAAUGAAGAGAGAGAUAAACAACUAGAAUUAAUCCAUACAAAUGCACAGAUUAGACAAAGACACAUGGACAAUAAGAAGAUUGGUCUUCAUAGAGACAUUGAUAACAUUGUUAAAGAGAAGGAUAGGAAGAUCAGAGAGUUGAUGAAAUCAUUGCAGGAUUACACAAAAACAUUAGAGAAUGCAAUACAGACCAUAGAUACAGUACUAGAAGACGAUAAAAACAUUGUUAAAGACGGUCAUAGUGUGAACAUGUCAGUGAGUGAUAAACUAAAGAAACGACUUUAUAAGAAUGAUGUGAAACAAAUCACUGAUAGAAUAUCAGGUGUGAGGUUUAUGAAGGGUGUUAGGAAAGAGAAGUAUGAUGGUAGGAUUGGUGGGUAUGAUGGCAAGUGGAUGCUCAGUGAUAGUGUCAAAGAUGAAAUCAAAGUCCCACUUAUUGUUGGCUGCUUAGAUGAAUGUAAUGUGAUCAUCACCGACUUGGCGUCAGGUAGCCAGCAUACAUACACAUUAGAUAUAAACACUAAACACAUCCAGAGAGUGAUUACAGGUACUGAUACAUCAUGUGUUUUCUCCUGCGCAUUACUGAAUGAUGACAAGUUAGUGUGCGGUAGAUGGUGUAGAGGUUGUACAGGGGACAGUUUGACUGGAUGCAUCAGUGUGUAUGACAGACAAUGGAUGCGCAUCAAUGACGUCACAAUACCAAGAAACACAACGCGCGAUACAUCAUCGGUGUAUGUAGCUGUUGACCGUGAUGGGAUGAUCAUCGCUGCUGAGUGGGGUCAGUCUAGGAUAUACGUCAUCAACCCAGCUGAUUGUAAGAUCGUGAAUACCAUAAAAUGUAAAGAGGAUGUACUGAUGCGAGGUGUGCUAUCAUCAGGUCAUAUUAUCGCUAAAUCUGACCCUCCUGGUAAGAGAGUACUAAUCAUAGACCGACAGGGUGGUCAAAGGAAAUUCCCCCACAGUGAUGUCAUCUUGAAUGUCAGUGUUGAUCCUGUAACAGACGACCUCUACGUUGUGACAUCAGAUGAUGAGUACAAGACGUGUGUGAUUGAUCAGGUGAUGAGUGGGAGUGAAGUGAAGAAGAGAAGAGUGACGUCAUUCCCUCUUUCAAAUAGAAUGACUAAUCAAUGGACUGUGGAGCUUAGGCGAUAUCUCCUUGUAUCAUCUCGUGUAAUGAUCUCAUCAUCAGGCAAGAUAAUUGCUUGUGACGGAGAUAGUAUCCUCGUAUUCGAAAAGAGACUCACGUUCUAA